AUGGGGGUUUUAGGUGUGCAGAUUGGACAAUGUGGAAAUCAACUAGGAAUGGAAUUUUACGACGCUAUUUAUAAACAUAUUAUGAGUUGUAAAAAUGGGAAUUUAAAAAAUAAAUUAAUUAAUAUGUAUUUUGACGAAGAGUGUGAAUAUGAUAAUAAUAUAUUUCCCAUAAUAGAAUAUGAAGGUUUUACAAACAAUAAAAAUAUUAAAGGGCAUAUAAUAAAUCCUGAUUCUUCAAAUGUAAAAUGCUUAAAUAAUUAUAUUGCAAGGUGCAUAUUAAUAGACAUGGAACCAAAAGUAAUCGAGAAAUGCCUGAACGGGAAUAAGUUUGAUAAAAAUUCUCCGGAUUAUAGCAAUUAUAUUUUAAAAAAUAAAAAUAAAAAAUAUGAAAAGAUAAGAAAUUCAGAAUUUGGGGAAUAUGACAAUGAAUUUGAGAAAAGCCAGAAAUAUAUCUGUGGAUUAAAUGAAUAUUAUGAGCCAACAAAUAAUUUUAUAAAAAUAUUCGAAAAAAAAUGUAAUAUUAUCAAAUUAAAUGAUAAUUAUAAAAAUAGGAAUAGUAUGGAAGAAAAAAAUGAGAAACAAAAUUAUUCAUAUUGUAAAAAAUUUGAUAAUUUUAUAAAUAAAGAAAUAGAAAAUAAUACCAAAAAUAUUGAUGAUAAUAACAUAGUUAACGUUUCGUCUUAUUCGAAAAUGUACAGCAUUAAUCAGUGGAAAUAUAACAAAAAUAAUGUAAUUUAUGGCCUGAACGGGUCAGGUAAUAAUUGGUCAUAUGGGUUUAAUGUACAUGCGAAAAAUAUAUGUGAAGAUUUUAUAAAUUUAAUAAAUAAAGAAUUAGAAAAAAAUAACAAUAAUGAAUGUAUAGAUAACAUAAUAUUAUUUCAUAGUUUAGCAGGUGGAAGUGGUAGUGGAAUAAGUUCAUAUAUAUCUUAUAUUUUAAAAGAUGAAUAUCCAAAAAUAAAUUUAUUUAAUAUAUGUGUUUUACCAUAUACUUUUGGUGAAAUAAGUGUGCAAAGUUUAAAUACGAUUUUAUGUUUAUCGUCUAUUUAUGAGGUUUCAGAUUGUGUUAUGGUUUUUGAAAAUGAUAAAUUUGAAUUGAUGUGUAAAAAAAUAAAUAAUGGUGGCAUUUCUGGAGACAUAACAGGACAUUCAUUACAUUCUUUUGGAAAUAUAGACACAAAUAAUAUUAACAAAUAUAUAUGUCAGUUUCUUGUGCAUACAAUAGGAUUACCAAUUGAUUAUAGUUAUUUAAAAAAUAAUAGCAAUUAUAAAUAUUCUAAUUUUAUGAAUUCAAUAAUAUCUGAUUUAUGUUGUCAUUCAAAUUAUAAACUACUGUCGGCUAGAUAUCUUCCUCAAGUAUAUAAAGAAAAUUUAAAAUUUGAGCAGAAUACAUUUAAUAUGUUAAUAAAAAGAAUGCAUAAAAUGGUUAUAAAUGGAAAUAUAUUAGAUUAUAGUAUAGGAAGUUCUAAAGACAGUGCAGAAAUGAGUGGGUAUUUGAAUAGUUAUAUGGAUAGUUAUUUUCCUAAAAUAUCUGAAAAAAAUUUAAGAAAUAAUAAUAUUUUUCAGAAAAUUGAUAAUAUUCCUAUACAUUUAAACGAAACGAUAAGUAAAGCAUAUGUGGAUAAGAAAUUAAAUUCGAUUUUUUUAUGGAGUGAUGGUAAUAAUAUAAAUAAAUAUCAGCAAAUGAAAUCACGGCAUCCUUAUAAAAUAUUUAAUAAAAAUAAUAAUUUAAAAAAUUUACAAAAUAAUAUAAAUUCAACAAAUUUUAAUCACAAUAAUGUUAUUUUUAAUUCUAAAAUGAUAAUGCGUGGAGAAGUUAACGAAAAUAUAAAUCUUAACUUAUUUAAAAAUAAUGUGUUAUAUAGUAAUAGAUCUUUAAAUCCUAUAGAAAUUUAUAUUGAUGAAAAUAAAUAUUUUGGUAAUAAUAGUUUGUCUAUGUUAUCUAAUUGCUUAACCCCUAUACCGGGUUUAAAAAAAGUUUUGCAAAAUGCAAAAAUGUUAUAUUCUACAAACGCUUAUAUAUAUCAGUACAAUAAUUACGGGGUAACAAAUGACAAUAUUCAUAAUUCUCUCAUGGGAAUUGAUCAAAUUAUUAAUUCAUAUGAAAGUUUGUCUUUAGAGUAG